AUGGCAAAAGACGAAAGCGUUGCAUGUCCAUUGCAGAGAAUUAUUCUAGAGAGAGAAGACAUUGAUGAGCUGAAUUUUGUCGUUAACGCUAUCCUCGAAGCUAAUCUAGAAAGGUACCAGCACUUCACAGAUAUUAGCGAUAGUAAGAUCAACUUAAAGGCGUGGAAAUAUAUCAAGACCAAAGACCAGAUCAAAGUCUAUGCCGAACGUCAGCAGAAGCGACGUCGGUCUCCUUUUCGGGCUUCACCAGUGAAUUACGAAUUGCAGUCAAUGUUGUGCUUUGGGUCAACUCUUGGAACACUAGAUGAUGUCAUGCUGGGCAUUUUGGGUCCAUCAUUUGAAGCUACCCGCACCCAAAACUCAUAUGUCGAUGAUUGUAGCGGAUCUGCAGUGCUUUCGAUCGCAGAAGCACCAAGUGCAGAAGAACCGUUUCAGUCUGUUGUUGUGAAUUGGAUGGAGCUGGAUUUCCGUCGUCGUUCCAUGGGAAUGGUCAAGAACCGCGACUACGUUUACGUCGAAGCAACCGGCAUCAAAAAGCUUUCAAAUGGUGGCCGACUAGGUUACCGGCUAAUGCAUUCCGUCGACUUCCCACAAGCACAUGUUCUCGAAGAGCGUGUGCGCGCAAAGUUUUCUGUUUGCUGCUUCUUUCGUCAAGAGAACGAGUCUUCCGUGUCGGUCUACAUGAUGUGGAUGAUGGAACCAAUGGCUGCAGGCGUUCGUCGUCUGAUGGCUCCCCGAUUUGUCAAGAAGCUAUUAUCCCCACUCAAGUACGCAUACUAUGGAGAAAUGAAAAAAUUGACACAGGCUCUUGAAGAUCGGUACGCAGAGUUAAAAACAACCAAGUCACGAGAUCCUGGUCAUAACUGCACAGCUUGUAGUAAGCAUUUGGGGCGUCUUGGCAAGCUAUUGGGACACCACAGUACCUGCAAACGGUGCUUUCGGCAUGUGUGCAGCUCAUGCAAAGUCGACAAGGACAUGAGUUUCGUGACACUCGAGCUCAAGAUGGCUCAGCGGAAGGUCACAUUUUGUCCCCCGUGCGUUAAUGAUGCGGCAGUGAGGCUUUCUCCAGAGUUAUCUCGUGUCGAAAUUCAGAGCAGCGCUUACCGGCGCCAUCACUCGGCUGGAUCUUCAGUAUCAUCAUCUGGAUGGAACACAAUGCUGGAAGAUGAUCCGCAGCCGAUAAUGCGGUAA